CGGCGGAGCUGUCCGCCGAGCGGCUGCUGACGGGCGGCCCGAGGAGAGGGGCCGGGCUGGAAGGCGGUGGCCCCCGAGCAGCGGGAGCCCCCCGCCCCGGCGGCGAGGACAGCUCACGGAGGACAGGUGAAGUAGCUCGGCGCCCUCGGUCCCAGGAGGAUGUGAUCCCUUCCCCUCCGGCCUGCGCUGAGGCACCUCUGGCUGGAAAAGAAAUACCUGGUCUGCAGGUCCAGAAACAACUAAAGAUCUUAUUCCUUUUCUUAUGGCGAGAAAUUGGAUGAACCUUCGGGAUGCGGAAACAGGGAAAAUCCUCUGGCAAGGAACAGAAGAUCUGUCUGUACCUGGAGUGGAGCAUGAAGCUCGAGUUCCUAAAAAAAUCCUGAAAUGCAAAGCCGUGUCUCGGGAGUUAAACUUUUCCUCAGCAGAACAAAUGGAAAAAUUCCGACUGGAACAGAAAGUUUAUUUCAAAGGGCAGUGUCUAGAAGAAUGGUUCUUUGAAUUUGGUUUUGUGAUUCCUAACUCCACAAACACUUGGCAGUCCUUGAUAGAGGCAGCACCUGAAUCACAGAUGAUGCCAGCUAACGUUUUAACCGGUAAUGUUAUUAUAGAAACCAAAUUCUAUGAUGACGAUCUUCUCGUAAGCACUUCCAGAGUGAGACUUUUCUACGUUUGAGAUGGGGCUUUUUGGAGCUGUUUUAGUUUUCCUCCAUACAGUUCUUGGUGCAGAACCCCCCGACUAUCCAGUGGAAGACACUCCUGUAGGCGGUGACCCUGGGGACCAGCUCAACGUGGGUUGUGACCUUUGCCCAUCAGUUUAUUUUGCUUUCUCCUCUGACAAGACCAGACCAAACCCUCAGAGACAGGACCACCUGCUCAGCGGUCCACUGGGGAAUAGAGGCUGUCUCUGAGCACGGGCAAACGAUGGUCGUGCAGAACCAACGCUGUAAAUUAUCUUAGUCUCUUCCUUUGUACUUCUCUGGAGCCGGGUAUAAUCUCCCAUUUCCACUCACACCAAACUCUCAAUGCGUUUCAUUUUUGGAGGAUUAAGUUAACCUUUUCAUUUUUCUCAUGUUGUAGGUUUUUAUCCUUUUCACUGGAUUUCUGUGUAACUGGUCCACACAUCCUCUUACCCUGAACUUGUAAAAUAGACUGUGAUACCACCUAAUGUAAUUAAAACAAAUUUCUCAAUUAAAACAUUCCUACCGUCCAAAGAAGGGAAGAAA